GAUUUUUUUUUGAGCUUAGAAAAUCAUGUGCUCUAUCUAAUCUAAGGCACAUUUUGGGCCGAGAGGCCGCCGCAAUUGUGUUUUAUCCUUGGGCCGCCAAACACGGAGCAGAGUGCGUUUUUUUCAGUGAGAGCAGAGUCCCCUUCCGGUGGUUUCGGCAGCUCGCCUCCGCCAUCUCCGCCGCCGUCGUCGUCGCCGUCGUCCCGUUCGUCGCCGCCAUCCCCAUCGCGUUUGAGCACCCCCUUGGGAUGGAGAAGAGGAAGAAGGAGGAGGAGGAGGAGGAGAAUCCGCCGGCAGCGGAGAGCCUCUGGGGCGACCUGCUCCCGGAGAUCCAGUCGGAGAUCCUGUCGCGGGUGCCAUACCGGUCGCUCUGCCGCUUCAAGUGCGUGUCCACGGCGUGGCUGGCGCUCUGCUCCGACCCGGCCGUCCGCAGGAGGUCGCCGCAGACGCUCUCCGGCUUCUUCUGCUACUCCCAAGUGGACGUCGGCGACGGCCGGCGCCAUUACGGCGUCAGCUUCCUCAACCUGUCCGGGUGGGGCCGGCCGAUGGUCGACGACCCCUCCCUCAGCUUCGUGCGCGGCUACUGCCACGUCACGCCCAUUCACUGCUGCGGCGGCAUCCUCAUCUGCUGCUGCUGGAAGUUUGACAUGAGCGACGAGGCGGAUUUUGUCGUGUGCAACCCUGCCACCAAGGAGAUCUGGGCCGUGCUGCCGGUGCCCCGGAACGAGAUGAUGACGCGCCUCAACACCGCUCGCCUGUGCUUUGACCCCGCCGCUCCCCGCCGCUUCAAGGUGUUUGUGUUCGUGCAAAGUUUCGCUGGGGUUCAGAGGGUGGAGGUCUACUCUUCAGACACCGGGCAGUGGACCUCCGUUGGGAGUGCGUGGAGCUCCCAGAACCUCAUGAUUGGCGAGGAAUCGGGAUGCGUCUACUUCAAUGGAUCUCUGCAUCUGGCUGUCUGCCAUCCUGUGGUCAAGGUGGACUGGGAGGGAGUGAUACGCUCCAUGGUCACUUUUGACGCAGAGAGGGAAACCUGGAGGAGGAUCCGUAUGCCGGACACCAGCAAUAACGGUUUCUUUGGGCUGUCGCAGGGACGCCUAUACACCGCGCGUGUAGAAAAUGAAGGUAAAUGCCGGCUCUUGGUCUGGGUUCUCGAGGAUCAUGCUAGCGGACUGUGGACCUUGAAGUGUACUGCCAGCAUUCUUGAACUGCUAGGAAGCCCUUGCCGUGCACCCAACGAAUUCUACCAGCCGGUUGCGAUCCAUCCAGAGUGCAAUCUGAUAUUCCUUCAAGAUGCGGGGCAGGAAGCAUUGCUUAUGUCCUACAAUAUGGAUACCGGUAAACUGGAUAUUGUCUGCUCUCUUGGAGACCGCUGGGCGCAAAGAUUUCACCCGUACAUUCCCUGUUUUGUGGAGAAGCCGCCCGUUCCUCAGUGAAUUUUGGAGCAGCUUCACAUUUGCCGAGUCGGCGUGGCUCCGGUGCCUUCAUGAGAAUCAGAUGUCGGGUAUGGUCCAAGUAUCGAUGGUUUUAGGUGUUGAUUGGAUAGGUGCUCUUUCUAUCCAGUUAUUUAGUGCUAGUACCUUCAGUCUGCAGCUUGUUAUGGAUCACAGUUAAAUUAUUGAUAUCUUCCUGUUCUGAUGCAUUUGAAAGUAGUACUCUGUCAUAUGUUAUUUGAAACGGAUGUCUCCUUUGGAGUGAUUUAACAGUACCUUGGAAUCUUGGAUCAACUUCUCUGAAUUUUUGUACAUUCUGGGAGAUUCCUUCAGUGAAUUCUGCUCGCAUUGUGUCAACCAAUACCAAUAUGUGCUAGCCUGAGAACACAAUUAUAUUUUAUUCCUUUUAGAGGAAGAGAAUAUAAUUGCAAUCUUUCCCCUCAAAAAAAAAAAAGAAUAGCACAAGUGAUUCAGUGACACCACUAGUGAAGAUUGGAUAUGGAAUGCCACACAGGUUCAGUGUUCAUCACCAUCACUCUUAGCACCCCAUAGUGUCCUUGUUCUGAGUAAACUGUCCAAGGCCAUUAUAGUUCUGCGAUGAAUUCCUGACUAGACUGCUAUACCACUGUCAUAUGCAGUGGCUUGUAAACUUUAAUACAGCUACUGGAAACUUUUGUGAAGGUAGGAUUGUCAUUGAAUAGCGAUAACAGCAUGAAUAGGAAUGCAAAUGAAAAUAUAUGCUUUGUUUUUUCA